ACAAGUCGUUGACAAACGAGACAGAGACUUAGAUCAGUCGUUUGUAGCUAAUUUAUAUUUUUAUUAUUUGCAUUGCAAGGGAAGUAUUGGAACUCGUGGUUAUGCAAUAUACUGGAAUUGGGAAAGAGAAGACAGACAAUUUUAUAGUUUAAGCUGAGUGAUGUGAAAUCUACAUGUCUUUACGCAGCUAACGUUAACUAGCUAGAAAACAUGAACCCAACAAGUAAAGAUAUGAAAGGCAUCAUGGACAAGUCAUCAUACCGUUUGCUGCAGCUUCUGUCCUUGGCAUGGCUGGCCUGUAGGCCCACCUGUAGUUCUAUCACCACCUAUGGAACAAUAAUCCCACAAUCUCCAUCGGUGGAAAUUGGAAAGGAAUUCACCGCCACAUGUGUGCUCUACAAAUCUGCUAAAGCCACAGCGGAGGACAUCUACUGGAAGUUGAAAAACGUCACAGUGCCCAAAGAGCAGUACACUAAGAUAAAUGACUCGGCUGUUAGCGUGACCAUCACCAUCACCAAUGAAAUGGCCAACUGGUUACUUUGUGAGACGAAAGGGUCUCCCUUAAACCGAAAUCAAGUAAUCCAUGGGAUUCUAUUGACCAAAGGGUAUCCCCCUGAGAAGCCUGUGAAUCUGUCCUGCAUGGCUGUCCAGUCUGGCCGAAAGAUUUCCUCCAACGUCACGUGCACAUGGCAGCCUGGGACAAGAGACGAAAUUCUGAAAACCACUUAUACCUUGUUUGGCAGUCUAAUUGUCUCAAAUAAGAGCAGCAAAGCUCACAGAAGCAGUGGAUACAUCGACUUCGGCACCUUUCCAAGCUUCAUGCAACUUGCUAUGUGGGUAGAAGUUGAAAACAAGUUGGGGAAGGUUCGAUCUGACAUUCUGGAUAUAUAUGCUGCUGAUUUGGUGAAAACGAAUCCCCCAUCAGAUGUCAAUAUUCUUUCCGAGAAUAACUUUUCCAGGACUCUCUUAGUGAGUUGGAAGCACCCUAUCCAUGUAACCUAUGUUACGCUGAAAUACAACAUCAGGUUCUGCACUGUGGGCUCUGGAGACUGGACUGAGGUACCCCCAAAUGACACUGAAAGCUACAAGGAGUCUUUCCGUCUUCAGUACCUCAAGCCGGACACGGAGUAUGUAGUGCAGGUGCGAUGCAUUCAUCAUAGGGGCUAUGGCUAUUGGAGUGACUGGAGCGCUAACUCUACCGCCAGGACCCCAGAGGACAAGCCUACAAGUAAGCCAGACCUAUGGAGAGUCGUCAUUCCCAGCCAAGUCAAAAGUGAGCGGAGAGUGCAAGUGAUGUGUAAGGAUCCAGUGGAGUCCAAUGGAAGGAUACGGGGCUACAGCAUCAAGAUCCAAGAUGGAAACUGGGAGACGGUGGCGGUCAAUGACUCUGACCUGGAUUCUAGGUCGCAAGAGAGGAAAAUUAUCCCCCUUUACCAGAUUCCCUGGUCUGACAAAAGAAGAGGCCUCAUUGAAUUGAAGGCCUGGAAUUCUGUUGGCGAGUCUCCCCAAGCGUCUUUGAUCAUCCCAAAAUUGACACAAGAGCCCCCUUCGGUGGAAUGGCUCAGCUGGUUUACCCAGCAGGGGAGGCUGUGGGUGAAAUGGCAGCCCCCCAAUGUGACGGCCACAGGGGAGCCCUACAGGUCCGAGGUGACGGAGUACAUACUGGAGUGGGUGUCUGUCAGUGAUGGCGCUAUGGACUGGCAGAGAGAACGUAGGCAUACUAGGAUGGCAGCCAUUAAAGGUAACCUUCAGAAGUUCAAUCGCUACAAUAUAUCUGUGUAUCCCAUGUACUCUGGGUGGACUGGGAAGCCAUUGACCAUAGCAGCCUUUCUGGAACAAGGAGCUCCGCUGGAGGGUCCCUCUGUGAAAGUGAGGCGGACAGGGAAAAACGACGCUGAGCUGGAGUGGAUGGAGAUUCCACUGGACAAACAGCGAGGGUUCAUCACCAACUACACCAUCUUCUUCAUCACAGGGGGCAAGGAACACUCAAUAGUUGUCUCUACCGACACCUACUCUUACACUGUGAAGCACAUGGCCAGCAACAGCAAGUAUGUGGUUCGGGUCAUGGCAUCUACAGUACAAGGCUCUACAAACAGCUCGGACCUGUCAUUCAAUACUCUGAUGUAUGCUCCCGGGCAGAUAGAGGCCAUUGUGGUGUCUGUGUGCAUCAGCUUCCUGUUUUCCGUAGUGCUGACCAUGCUCUGCUGCAUUUACAAAAUGGACUCGAUAAAGAAGAAGAUCUGGCCACCGGUACCUGACCCCUCCAACAGCACUAUCGCUAAAUGGUCUCCUGAUUUCACAUCCAAGGCUGACACUCCUAAGGAGAGCGAGCUGGGUGACGUGAGUAUUGUAGAGGUGGACGUGUUCGACAGGAAGUCUCUGUGUGAGGAGGACAAGGCAGGCCUGCCGCUCAAAAAGGACAAAUACCUGUCAGAGGAGCAUAGCAGCGGCAUCGGCGGCUCCUCCUGCCUGUCAUCACCUCACCAGAGCGUCUCAGACAGCGACGAGGGUGGCGACGAGGGCCAGACUACAGCCAGCACCGUCCAGUACUCGUCGGUGGUGGCAUCCUGCGGCUACAAGGGCCAGACCCCCUGCCCUCUCCCCCAGUCCGGCUCGUCCCAGACGCCCAGCUUCACCCGCUCCGAGUCCACCCAACCCCUGCUGGACAGCGAGGAGCACCCGGAGGGCCCCGAGUCACAGCGCUACCUGCGGAACCCCUACUUCGGGCGCUUGCCUGGGGGGAACAAUUGCGACAGCGGAGACCUGGAGGACUUGAACCAGAUGGAGAUGAAGAAGCAGAGGUUGGCUUUGCGCCGGUUCUGCCCCCUGGAGGAGGACUUUCAGCAGACCACACCCACAGAGGAGGGUCAGUCACCUGACGGACAGCCAGGCCCUGACCCUAGCUACAUGCCUCAGCUCAGCGGCUACAGGCCUCAGUGUUAGGAGGUCGUAUGGAGACUUAGUUCGAGGUUGUCACACUUCAUGUACAGUGACUCUUCCUCUGCGCCUUUGUUCAUUUCACUUUUGUUCCAAACUUUGUCAGCCUAUUAUUUUUGCACUUACCCAAAUGGCAAUCAUGAACUUCAUGUGGGCAUCUUGACGUGACUUGUUAAAUCUCUUUGAAGUGGAUGAUAUAGUUUGCCUGUAUGUCGAGGUUUUAUUGUUUUAAGAUCCUAAAAAGGAAAUAGAUGCCUACGUGCAGACCCGUUUAUUUUCAGUUAAUUACUGACCUAGGUAGUUUGCGUCACCCAUUGACCUCUUAAGAAAAGUCCGUAGCCUAGAUGUGGACCCCUAUUCUCUAAGCCGGCCAAGUUUAACUUUGAAUGGACAAAGUGUGAUGACUCAUCAUUCCAAGAAAGAAGACUUGAAGGAAGCGAAAAGGUGAUGCUAGCCAAUACAACAGGACCCUCUUGACCCUCUUGAAAUUCAGAAAGUAUUCAUACCCCUUGACUUGUUCCACAUUUUGUUACAUCCUAAAUUCUAAAAGGAUUCAAUAUAAACAUUCUCACCAAUCUACACACAAUACCCAUAAUGAUAUGAUUUACAUAAGUAUUCACACCCCUGACUCAAUACAUGUUAGAAUCAUCUUUGAUUGACAGCUGUGAGUCUUUCUGGGUAAGUCUCCAAGAGCUAUGCGCAGCUGGAUUGUACAAGUUAGUUGUUGUCGUUGCUCGACAGCCAUUUUCAAGUCUUGCCAUAGAUUUUCAAGCUAAUUUAAGUCAAAACUGUAGGCUACACAGGAACAUUCAAUGUCAUCUUGGUAAGAAACUCCAGUGUAUUUAUGGACGUUUGUUUUAGGUUAUUGUCCUGGAGUAACUACAAUGUUGUUGAAUCAUCCUCAGUCUUCUCCUAUCACAGCCAUUAAACUCUGUCAUUUAGGUUAGUAAUUGUGGAGUAACUACCAUGUUGUUGAUCCAUCCUCAGUCUUCUCCUAUCACAGCCAUUAAACUCUGGUAGAAAGGACGCCUUUAACUUUGUAGUGACUGGGUGUCUAGAUCCACCAUCCAAAGUGUAAUUAAUAACUUUGCUCAAAAGGAUAUUCAAUGUCUGCUCUUUUUUUUUACCCAUCUACCAAUAGGUGCCCUUCUUUGUGAUGCACUGGAAAACCUCCUUGCUCAACUAAGGGACCUUACAAGUAAUUGUAUGUGUGGGGUACAGAGUCGAGGUCGUCAUUCAAAAAUCAUGUUAAAUACUUAUUGCACACAGUGCGUGCAUGCAUCUUGUGACUUGUUCAGCCAAGUUUUACUCCUGAACUUUAGGUUUGCCAUAAAAGGGGUUGAAUAAUUGGCUCAACAUUUCAGCUUUUCAUUUUUUAUUCAUUUGUAAAAAAUGUAAAAAAAACAUUGUUCCUCUUUGAAAUUAUGGGCUAUUGUGUGUAGGCCAGUGAAAUACGAUCUCAAUUUAAUACAUUUUAAAUUCAGACUGUAACACAAAAUGUGGAAAAAGUUGAGGGGUGUGAAUACUGAAGGCAUUGUAUGCUACACUAGUAGGUGUAUGGUUAAUGACAUAUCUUUCCAGAUAGAAAAAACUGUUUGACAAAUGUGCAUUUUUGCCUUUUCACAAUGCCUUAUUGACUUUGCGUCAUGAAUGGAAUGAAGAAAUGCUAUGCAAUUUCCCUGCCCAUCAAAACUUAUUGUUCGAGGUCAAAUAUAGAGAUAUUACUGUUGCAUUAUUAUUAUAUACUGAAAAGGAAGUUUUUGUAUAAUUUGUUUCUGGGAAAUGUUUUUCAUAUUCAUUUUUGUGUUGUCGUGAAUUUUCUGAAGACUGAAAAGUGCAGUAUAUUUUGUUAAUUUGUUUGAGAUUCUUUUGUUUGGAACAUACAUACAGAUCUCAACAGGACAAACUCCAAUAUUUGUUCCUACAGAGAAUAUGCUCAGAAAGGGAUGUUGCAUGUACAGACUGUUUAAAUAUUGCUACAUUGAGGGUUAUAAAAAAAUAUUCUUCCACCAUCACUCAGUUAACACUACUUUUCCACAUAUACGGGAAACAAACAUAGCCUAGUACUUCACUGCAUGCCACCAGAAUACAUGUGCCCUUUUUGGAGCAUGGUUUGUGAAUGUGUGACAUUAUACAAUAUGAAAUAAACCAAAAGUGUUA